GUGGCGGGCGGGAGGGCUGCCCGCCGCCCUCCGGGGACAUAAAAAGCCGCGGCCGGAGCUCCCCCUCGUCUUUCGGCGCUGGCGGCAGCAUGACGGCCGUCGGGGCGCAGGCGCAGAGGCUGCUGGCGCACCGGAGACCCCAGAAAUCCUUCUUUGAGACGCUCAUCAGGAGCCUGAUCAUCCUGUGUGUGGCCAUAGCGGUGGUCUUGUCCUCCAUCUCCGUCUGUGAUGGCCGCUGGCUCUUCGCGAGGGGGCAGCUCUUCGGACUGUGGCACUUCUGCACCGUCAGCAACGCCAGCGCCCUGAGGUGUGUCACUGACCUCAGCCUGGCCAGGGUGGAGGGGCUGAGCGUGGGGGCGAUUCCCAUAAGAAGCUUGGUGUCCUUUGCCGUGGUGGUCGCUAUAUUUGGCCUGGAGCUGCUGAUGGUGUCGCAAGUGUGCGAGGAUGCCAAUGCGCGGCGAAAGUGGUCGAUGGGCUCGGUUCUUAUCCUCGGCUCGUUUUUGCUCUCAGCCACCGGGGUUCUGAGCUUCUCCAUCCUCGUGAAGGAUCACCUCACCUUCACGGGCUUCACGCUGACGUACUGGUGCGAGUUCAUUGCUGCCUUUCUCUUCUUCCUCAAUGGGAUCAGCGGACUUCACAUCAACAGCCUCACGCACCCCAGGAACAGCAUAGGCAAAAUCUAGGCGCAAAGGGUGUACCUCUGCCUUCAUGUAAUCAGCUUUGCCAAUUAGACUGGAAAAAAGGGAGUCUAAUGAAUUUUGAAAAGGACGCCGUGUCUUAAAUUGUGUGCAAGGAGGAGAAAUGAGUCAGUCUUGAUGUCUGUAGAAGACGUACCCACCCACUGGUCAGCAUGGAGGGCUGAGCAACGUGAGAAAAGCAGAGACAGGGACUGGCUGCUGCUGCAGUGUGGUUUUCUGGAGGAGUCGAUUAAAGAAGAGGGUGUCCCAUUAAACAUGCAGAGGGGUGGCAGUCUGCAAUAUACACACAUGGGCUGUUUUGAGGCUUACACAAAGCCUGCACUGCUAUGGGUUUGGUGUUGCUAUGCUUUCCCCUGUACUCCAAAGCCUCCGAAGAGUGUGACACAACUUUGCUCUGUCCCAGGGACAGAUGAUUUGUGCCUGGCCAUGCUCUCUGGUGUUGAGUAUUGAAAAUCUUCACUGGAUCUCACUCCUCAAUUUCUCUUUCAAAAGAGAAAGCACGCAGCUCUUGAUCUGAUCACCUGUUUUGUUUCCUGCUGGCACAUUCCCUGUAUCUGUCCUUUCCUCUGUGAAGUUUUUCUGGGACACUUCUCACAGAGGCACAGGGAGAUGUAACUGUCUUGGAGCCAAGGGCAAGCGUUGGGUGAUGCAGGUGUACAGGGAAGGGUUCUGAUGCCUUCCUCAGGCAGCCGUGCACGUUCCUGUCCUUGCUGCCUCUCCACCCUGUCACUGCUCCUCUGCCACCCCUACAGGACAUGUACCAAAUGGUCUCCCCAACUGGCUCCUGCACAGCCCUUGCAAAGUUCUCUGUAACAGGACAUUGAUCUUCCUGGUUCCAUUUUUGUCCUUUUGGUGGAAGAGGGACAAGUUCUGCAGGGGCUUUAGGUGGGUGUUGUGGCUGGGCACACCAUGCUGACACCACUACACCUUCUGGGGUGUGCUUUGGUUGUCAGUGGUUGUCUCACUUGAGGCAAUGGGAAAUCUGCUCAUCCUGUCGCUGAGAGUCUCCUGUAGCAAUUCUUCAGGAAGGAGAAAGCUCUAGGUCUUUCUGACCAGACCGAGUCCUUUUCUUCCCCUGAUUAACAGUAGGACUGGGAGGAGAAGCCACCCAUGAUUGCCUAAGGAGGGGCUAAUGGGGGCAGCUCUAAUCUGUCACAGCUGGUGGAAAUACAAAGAGUCUUGGUCAAAAUUAUGUUAUGGCUGGUCUUCCUUCUGCCAGUGCCUGAGUCAAGAUCUCUAAAAUUGCUGCAGCUUUGAAGUUUCCUGUGGGGUCUGAUGUAAAAGGAGAGACCUCAGCAGGAGACCUCAGAGGUUGGUUGCCCUACAUGUAUCCUCUGGGUCCAACAUACAGCACUUGGUUGUCCACAGAUAAAAAUGUCUUCAGAGUAUUUUGGGGUUUCUGGUUUAAUGUUUGUUUUAUAUCUGCCGGUAAGGCUGCCUCUAUUUUUGUUUUAGGACAAAUGGUUCUAUGUGUUUAAUCUCUGUAGCUUGUCUGAUAGCUGUUGAGCAAGGUUUUCAUUUCCUGUGCAUCAAGUUUGACACAAUUUUUCACCUGAAACAAAAGCAUCAUAGCACAAAGGCUGAGAAGGCUGUGUAGGCGAGCCAUGAGUAAACAGCUUUGUCUUUGAAAGCUAAGAAUCUGAAGUCCUGCUUGAGCAUACAUCUGCACUUUCUGAAUGUGCUCCUGGGGACUCACUUGUCUUCAUGAGGACAGUGUCCAUUCCUUCUCAGAUUUCCGUAACUUUUUAAGAUGACACUCCCAAGCCUGUUUUGCAAUUCAGUUUCAGACCAGACUUGCUCUGGACGCUGCCAGUUGUGCUUUUGCACAUGAAUCUCGCCAUCUUUCUGGUGAGAUAACGCACAGAGCUGUGCUACCCAGCCAACUCCUGAAGCUCUUGCUAUGUCUGGGGCUCUGUCAGAGCUUCUUGACCUGUUCUCAAGGACAAUGACUUGUGCCCCUAACCUGCCUCUGAGCUGUGAUUGUGUCUCUUUUUGUCAAGGUGCUUUUGAUUUGCUACUUUGCUCUGUUGAAGACAUACUAGUGGGCUGAACUUGCAGACGCCUGUGUGAACAGUGCUGUUGGCUUUAGCAGAGCCAUUUACCCCACAAGAGAGAGUCUGCAAGGUCUAGCACCAAACUGUUGCACUUUGGUGUUACCAGGUGGUAAAGUGCCUUAACUAACCAAUAAAUCAGUUGUGGUGCCUAUGCCAGGCAGGACAGCUCCCCUACACGAGGUUAAGGGUGUCCAUGGCUUGUCUGGAAACACAGAUGUAACUUCAGAGUGCCUUCCUGGUGACACCCAAAACUGGAAUUCAAUUCUGCAUGUACUCCUGUUUGUGCUAGUGGGAGGCCGUGCCCCCAGCCCCCUCCCUGGGGGAAGGCAGCUGUAGCCAGACCGAGUCCCAGACGGGUGCCUCCCACUCGGGAUAGAGGGGGGCAGUGAACAAUUGGCCACUGAGUUCACCCAGUACUUGGUGCAAUUGUGGAUAAUCUUAGGAUGCCCUCUGCUAGCUAAAGAAGAGGCCUUUUGUUGGGGGUAGGGAAUCCUCUAGGGAAAACACAGUAACUUUUUUCCAACUGGCUUUGUGUAGUACUGCUUGACUUACUAAUGCUGGAAGAAGAUGCAUUUUGAUGGCUAAAUAUUACAAAACAGGGUUGAUUGUCUUGGAGACACCUUUAUGUACAGCGAUCUGUGCAGCAAUGGGUAACUUAAUUUUCUAAAGCCUGUGGAAGUGUCAAGCAAUAUUCCUGAAGUUUGUUAAAUAAAUUUAUUUGAAAUAAGA